UGGUCCCCAUUUAGAGAAAACGAAGCAACAAUAAUUGACACUCUCUCUUUCUCUCUAUCAUCUUCAUCAUCUCUUCUUCUUCCAACUCUUGGUCUGAUCCUCUUACAAGAACACAGAAAUGGCGUUCGCAGGAACAACUCAGAAAUGCAUGGCCUGUGACAAAACCGUGUACCUCGUCGACAAGUUAACCGCUGAUAACCGGGUCUACCACAAAGCUUGUUUCCGUUGUCACCAUUGCAAAGGAACUCUCAAGCUUAGCAAUUACAACUCUUUUGAAGGAGUUCUCUAUUGCAGACCACAUUUCGAUCAAAACUUCAAGAGAACUGGAAGUCUUGAGAAAAGCUUUGAAGGGACACCAAAGAUUGGAAAACCAGACAGGCCUUUGGAGGGAGAGAGACCUGCUGGGACCAAAGUGUCCAACAUGUUUGGUGGAACUCGAGAAAAAUGUGUUGGCUGUGACAAAACUGUCUAUCCAAUUGAGAAGGUGUCGGUGAAUGGAACAUUGUACCACAGGAGCUGUUUCAAGUGCACACAUGGAGGCUGCACGAUAAGUCCUUCGAACUACAUAGCUCACGAGGGGAAGCUUUAUUGCAAGCAUCAUCAUAUUCAGCUUAUCAAGGAGAAAGGAAACUUGAGCCAGCUCGAAGGAGGAGAUAAUGCCGCUAAGGACAAAGUCGAUGCUGCUUAAACAGUUUCAAUUUUGACCAUUGAAGAAUCACUAUAGUGUCUCUCUACUUCUCGAUCCAUGACAUAUAUAUUGGUUUUGUUUCUUCUCAAGUAUGUGUUCUUUUUGUUUUUGUUGUUGUUGUUGUCUUUCAUGUUGUUUCUUUUGGGAACUCUCCAAGGGUGAUAUGUUCACUCUUUGUUGGGUUUCUUGAGAUAAACAAACAAAAUAGAGAAAUAACGGAUGUUUGCUUAUGAAAUAA